UUAAACCCGCCCCCUCCUUCCGUAAUCUCUCUGCGGUCAUCAUGGCGGAAAUCAGGACGGGGGUGUUCGCUAAGAAUGUGCAGAAGCGACUGAACCGCGCCCAGGAGAAGGUUCUGCAGAAACUAGGAAAAGCAGAUGAAACCAAAGAUGAGCAGUUUGAACAAGCAGUUUCCAACUUUAGGAGACAGGAGUGUGAAGGCUCAAGGCUGCAGAGGGAGAUGAAGAACUACAUGUCUGCCAUCAAAGGGAUGCAGCAGGCCUCCAUUAACCUGACGCAGUCGCUGCACGAAGUUUACGAGCCAGACUGGCAUGGAAAAGACGAUGUCUUGUCCAUCGGAAAGGACUGUGAUGCAUUGUGGGAAGACUUUCACAACAAACUGGUGGACUCAACGCUUCUGAACCUAGAUGAAUACCUGCAACAGUUUCCAGACCUAAAGACACGUGUGGCCAAAAGAAGUCGGAAACUUAUCGACUAUGACAGCGCCCGUCAUCAUUUAGAAACUCUCCAGGCAUCUGGAAUGAAAAAUGACCGCAAGAUGAUGAAAGCAGAAGAUGAGUUGAAGAAGGCUCAGAAUGUGUUUGAUGAGCUGAAUGUGGGACUCCAGGAUGAGCUGCCGUAUCUCUGGGAUUGCCGAGUUGAGUUCUACAUCAGCACCUUUAAGAGUGUGACGAAUCUGGAGACUAAGUUUCACCGUGAGAUCUCACUGGUAUGCAGGCACCUGUACGAAGUGAUGACCAAACUGGCGGAGCAGCACUCUGACAAGGUGUUCACCAUCCAGGGAGCACCUAGUGAUUCAGGGCCGCUACGUCUCGCGAGGACGCCAUCGCCUCCAGAAGAUGAGAGUCCACCUGAGAGUCCAGAAGCCAGCUCCAAUCAAAUGCUCCGUCCAGUCUCACCCGGGCCACCACGGCCCAAGUCCCCGAUGCAGUUUAAAAAGGGGCCACCAGUGCCUCCACCCCCAAAGGCCACUCCCACCAAAGAGGUGGCAGAGGAGCAAAUCAUAGACCUGUUUGGUGGAGAAUUUCUACCAGCACCUUCACCAUCACAGCUCAAUGAGAGGCCAGGAGAAUCUCUGCUUGAUCUGGACUUUGACGCGUUCCAGCCAGAUGAAAGUGUUUCACCGAUACCGCAGACCGCUGUGCCUUGGGAUAUAUGGUCGGCAAGUACCCAAGCUGCCCAACCUCAGGUUGCAGACCCUGGUUUCGACGUUGACUGGUCCGCUGACUUUGGUGCAGUAUCAGCAGAUGGAGAUGCAGAUUUAACAGCUCAAGCCCCUGCUGCCCCUGAGCCUUCUCCUGUAGUGCCACAAGGGGAGCAGGAAGGGAACCAAGGUGGGGGUCAGGGCUGGCCCCGGGACCAGGGUUUGCAGCCAGGUGGAGGCACAUCUACAUGUACUCAGGACAGUGAGCCCACGGCAGCUGGAGAUGAGGUUAGCAGCUGGGAAUCUCCACCUAACUCCAUCCUUCAUCCAUAUGUAAUUGGCACAGAGCAAGAAGACCCUGGGCAGGGGGAUGUAGGCGACGAUAGAACUGAGCAGAAAGACCGCAGGAAAUCAACGCCAGGACUUAUUUUUACCAAUGAGUAUGGUGAAGAGAUUGAGGAUAGCACAGGAGACAGAAUAGACAAGUGGUCAAGGUCUCUGGAUGGAUCAGGUUCUGAGUAUGAAACUGCUGAAGAGUGGGGUGAUGGUGGUGCAGGGGGAGGAUGGGCGAGUGCUGAUGAUGAGCCUUCGUAUGAAGAUUGUCACCCAGUGAGCACUUCAGAGGAGCAGGGAGUUGGAGCAGCAUCUGAUUGUCAAACUAUUUCAUUAGAGUGUGACACAGCACACAUAAAUAAUUCAGGAAAAGAAACUGAUCCGACAUCUGUUUGCAAAGAUCAUCUUGAAACUGGAGGGCAAGAAGUCAAAAGAGAUUUAUCUUCAACAACAGAGGCUGCAGAUAUUUUGGGGUUUGAUUCAGAUCCUAUUAUAGAAACCCAGGAGGGAGAUGUGUUGGAUAAAGAUCUGUUUGCAGAAUCCCCAGGGGGAGGUGCAUUUGAUACAGAUCCUUUUGCAGAAUCCCAGGGGGGAGGUGAAUUUGAUAAAGAUCCUUUUGCAGAAUCCCCAGGGGGAGGUGCAUUUGAUAAAGAUCCUUUUGCAGAAUCCCCAGGAGAAGGUGCAUUUGAUACAGAUCCUUUUGCAGAAUCCCCAGGGGGAGGUGCAUUUGAUACAGAUCCUUUUGCAGAAUCCCAGGGGGGAGGUGCAUUUGAUAAAGAUCCUUUUGCAGAAUCCCCAGGGGGAGGUGCAUUUGAUACAGAUCCUUUUGCAGAAUCCCAGGGCCAAGGUGUUUUUGAUACUGGUCAUGUAGCAGAAUCCCAGGGGAUAUGUGCCCUUGAUAAAGAUCCUUUUGCAGAAUCUCCAGGGGGAAGUGUGCUGGAUUUGGAUCCUAAUAGAGAAACACAGGCGGGAAUUGCAUUUGAUUCUGAUGCUUUUGCGGAUACUAAUUUGGAAAACAAAAGUUGGGGUUUUGAGGUUGAUCCUUUUGCUGAUACUUCAGGUCAGAGUAGAGUCAGUACUGAGGCAAAGAGUGGGUGGGAUACAGACCCUUUUCCCAACAGCUACCCACCAGCAUCCACAGGGACGGAAGUUCCUGCAUCCACCACCUCCUCCUGGGAGCAUGUUAGUCAGAGUGGCUUCGACUCUUCUGUCACUCAACACCACUUCAUCUGCGGAACAGCAGAAGUGAAAAAUGAAUUCCACAUUCCCUUAACUCCCAAAGAGCCAGAAAAUUCAGACAUGUCCGAAGACGAGGCUGCAAACCGGAGAUUUGGAAAGUUGUACCAAGAGCUAGAUACAGAAAAGGAAGAGGAUGGCGCUGCGCCUUCAUUUUUUGCAGAGUUUGAUAAAAUGAAUGAAGUUAAAAGGGAUUCAGCAGAGGCUCCUGGAGGAUCAGAGACACAAACUGAUUGUCCAACAGAGGCUGCUGAGGAUCAAGACAAGCGCUCAGAACCCCUCACUGGGGCAGAGGAGCAUGAAAGUUCACCUGCUUCUGCUGUUGACCAGUCUGUCAGUCUGUCAUCUGUGGGAGGGAUCGAGGAAGAAACACCAGCUCCUGCAGCUGAGGUGGAGGAUUGUGAAGCUUCCCGGGCUGAUGAAGAUGAACCUCAAAAAGAUUUAGAAAGUCUAAAGGAGGAUGAUCCAACUGCCAUAGUUGGAAGUCCAUACUCUGAGAAGUUGGAGCUUGGUGAGGAAAAGAUGGCCAUCCCUUCCGUUGUAAUUGAACCUGCAUCGAGCAAUGAAGGAGAUGAUGAUCAUGAUGGCGAUAUCAUCUCUCCUACAACCAUCAGUGACAACGGUGUGACACCAGAAAGCCAGACUAUGAAGCAUAUUAGUCCAUCAGGUGGAGAAUCAGGACUUCCCACUGAUUUUGUUUGCAAGGUGGAGACCAUGCAUGACUUUGAGGCUGCAAAUUCAGAUGAGCUUGAGUUGAAGAGAGGCGAUGUGGUCUUGGUGGUUCCCACUGCUUCAUUGGAGGAUCAGGAAGCUGGCUGGCUAACAGGGAUAAAAGAAAGUGAGUGGCUGACACUGGGAGUUAGUGCUCACAGAGGACUCUUCCCAGAAAACUUCACCCAGCGGUUAGAGUAAGAUGCCCCUUUAUCUGUGUGGAAGUGAAACAAGUCUAAAUAAUGUGUAAGCAAAUGAAGUCAGCAUGUAGCCAACAAAUGUGCUGAGGAAACUUAAAUGCUCAAAUGUGUGAUGAACAACAUGACAGUUCCGCUGAUCAAUGAAACUUUGCUGUCAUGGUAACCUGCUAAUGAUAGCAUGAAUCUGUAGAAAUGAAAUGUUUACUUGUUCCAAACAAACAGUAUGUAAUUAAAAUCUCACACAAUAAUGAAAUGUUUAAAAAAAAAGAAGCCGUCUCUACUUUGCCGCAUGUUUGUUGUGAAGACUAUGAAUUUACCUGAAUAUGUAGUGCUGUGGUCUGUUUAUUGUGACUUUAUUGGUCCUCACACUCAUCAUUCUUGUGACUCAUUAAUCUAUAUGAAAGUUUUGUGACCUAUAUUUGAUCCUUGUAUGAUUAAUCACUCUGUGAUUAUUUUAAAGAGAAUAUUCACUUGGAUUAUCUGAGCACAGGUAAACAAACGUGAGGUCAAGGAGAGAAGUGAAUAUACCCACAGUGAAGUGUGUGAGCCAGUUCGAGACAUAAAAGUAUUUUCAGGUUUCUGUUGUAAGUGAAUGGAUGAAAUUAAUUUCAAAUCCAAUAUGCAAUCAGUGUUGUUAUGUUUCCAGAUUUCAACCCAGACUGUAAUGUAGAUUAUUCAGUAUUUUGUCACUUUGGUAGCAAACUACUGUCUUGGUAUGUAAAAAACAUAUCCUCUUAUGUGGAGUUUAAUAAAUGAAAGCUGAGAAACUGUCAGU